AUGGGAAAGAACAAGCAAAAUGGAGAAGCAGACAACAAGUCCAAGAAUCAGAAAAAUGGAGACUCCAAUAAGUCAGAUACGAAGAAUCAAAAAAAUGGAGAUGCCGAUAAGUCUAAUAAGAAGAAUCAGUGUAAAGAAAUUGUUCUGAAGGUUUACAUGCACUGUGAAGGUUGCGCUUCACAAGUUUCCCAUUGUUUGAGGGGAUAUGAUGGGGUUGAGCAAAUUAAGACAGAGGUUGGAGAAAAUAAAGUCGUUGUGUCUGGGAAAUUUGAUGAUCCGGUGAAGAUAUUACGAAGGGUGCAAAAGAAAUUCAGUAAAAAUGCUGAGUUAAUUUCCCCAAAGCCUAACCUUAAUCAAGAUCAGAAGAAGGAGCAACAACAAAAGAAAGAAAGUACUCCGCAGAUCAAAACUACAAUUUUAAAAAUGAACAUUCACUAUGAAGGAUGUGUUAAUGAAAUCAAAAGAGGCAUUGAGAAAAUAAAAGGUAUUCAAACGGCGGAACCAGACCGGUCAAAAUCAAUGGUGGUGGUACGAGGAGUCAUGGAUCCUCCAAAACUCGUGGAGGAAAUCAAGAAAAAACUUAAGAGACAUGCAGAGCUUGUAAUUCAGAACACAGAAAAAGGCAAAGGUAAUAACGACAAAGAGAGUAAUAACAAUAACAAGGGCAACAAGAAGAACGAAGACAGUGAUGGAAACACAAUCUUUAGUUACCCUCCUCAAUAUUCAGCCCAGAAUAACUAUCCCUCUCAGAUUUUUAGCGACGAGAAUGUGCAUUCUUGUUCGAUCAUGUGA